UCAUUUUAGAACUUUAAUAACAAACAAAAUCCAGCUUGUCCAGCAUAAGGUCACACUUGGCUGAGAUAUCCUAACCUAACAACCAAACACUCCUCCGAGAGAAUUACUGAAGCGGCGAAGCCUUAAAAACCUCCAAAGAGCAGCGAAGCAGAGAGCAGAAGACAGCUAGAGUUAGCUUGCUUUGGUUUCUCUCUAAUUAAUCAAUCGGUGGGUUUAGGGGCAAAAUGGGAAACGAAGCAAAAAACACCAACAACACAACCGGUAGCAGCAGCAGCAGCGUAGGAGGAGGCGGAGGAUUCAGGGCGAGAAUGGAGCACUACAUGUACAGCGGUGACAAGAAGCACGUGAUGGCUGGCAUCGCCAUCAUCGCCAUCAUUUUUGGUGCCCCUUGGUUUCUCACGAACCGAGGAACAAAGCAUCAGUCACACCAAGAUUACUUGGAAAAAGCUGACAAAGCAAGGAGUCAACGACUUUCUUCUUCUAAAUAAUAGUUGAGUUCUUUGAUCAAGUUAAAGUGUUUCCUUCAGUAACUUAUUGAUAAUCAGCAUGGAAGCUCUUGCUGCCUUGUAUUCUUUGAUCAUCUUAUUGAUAAAUCAACAUUUUUGCCUCUGGUGUCUGUUUGACCAAAUUAUCUUUUCUAGGAAUAAAUUUUCAAUCAAACUUAAGAUUGAUGUAGUUUUUUAUUAUUAAGUAUUGUUUUAUUUUGUUUUUAAUUUUUUAAACCUGUCUUGUGGAUGUUUAUUAGAUGUAAUCGAAUCGAUCAUAAAUGAAUUUUGUUAUGUUCAUAAUCUA